AUGGCCGAAGCUCCGUCGGCGAGGGAGAAAUCAAGACGAGCAUUUGACAGCUUAUUUAACAAUGAGAAGUUCUCCGAUGUGAAGUUGUUAAUCGGCGAGUCGAAGACAGCAUUCCCUGCACAUCGAGUAGUCUUGGGGAUACGUAGCUCAUACUUUGACGAUGCACUACAGAGCGAAUUCAAGGAAGCUCACACCACUGAAUUUAUAUUCGAGAAGGACAGCCCGCAUGCUCUCUGGAGACUCUGA